GGAAUAGGAACUUUUUCUUUUGAUUGUUAGUAUUCUCCAAAAACGAUAUCAUCGAUUGCACUCCGACUUAACCCCUAUAUCGUCCAUUUCAUCUGUUGAGCGGGGCCAAUCAAUGCGGGCGAAUGAAUAAGACCAGCGAUUCCCCCGAAUCAUUAAUUUCUCCCGCUCUCCUCAUCGACCUCCGUCCACCCUCCGAACCCCUCAAAACAACCACUUGUCAUAACUCACCCACCCCCCCUCAAUCCACACAAUGGCGAUCCAAUACUUGAUUCUCCUCUCCCGUCAGGGUAAAGUGCGUCUGGCCAAAUGGUUCACCACUCUCUCUCCGAAGGAGAAGGCCAAGAUUGUCAAGGAUGUGACGCAGCUGGUUCUGUCCCGUCGCACCCGCAUGUGCAACUUCCUCGAGUACAAAGAUAGCAAAGUCGUCUACCGUCGCUAUGCCUCCCUCUUCUUCAUCGCCGGGUGCGAAUCCAACGACAACGAGCUGAUCAACCUCGAAAUCGUCCACCGAUACGUCGAGCAGAUGGACAAGUACUACGGCAACGUGUGCGAGCUGGACAUCAUCUUCAACUUCCAAAAGGCAUACUUCAUUCUGGAUGAGCUAUUGUUAGCGGGCGAGAUGCAGGAGAGCAGCAAGAAGAAUGUCCUUCGGUGCAUCAGUCAGCAGGAUAGCUUGGAAGAUAUGGAGGUCGAGGAAGAUGUGGUUACAAAGAUCAUGUAGGGUGUAUUCUACAGACCAGACGUGGCCAAGUGAUUCUCCGGGUUUCCUUUGAUCUUUAAUAUAUUAAUUGGGCAUAUUCGCUUUGUUGGUUGGAAAUGAUUGAGGCGUUGGACGUACAUAGGCGUUGAUUCCCACCAGUCGACACCAGAGAGACUAAUAAUAACUUGUUGAUUUGAACAAACCACGCGAAACAAAGAAUUGGGCCGGAUUGAAUGACGUGGAGGGAUGGAACCAAGGAUUGAAGAGGGAAUGAAUUGGAUGCCCAGACUUCUCGUGAGGGAACUGCGUCAUUUCACUGGUCCAUUCCGACCCCACGUGACAGCCUCUCCGCCGGCCUCGUCCAUCUCAUGAUG